AUGUGGAGUAAACGCAUCGUUAGAAACGGUAUGAAACGCAAGACCUUGGAUUCUCCAACAGACGAAGACUUUGAGACACCAAACAAUGUAAUGUCUGAAAGCGAGUUUCUGUUCGAUAUCAAAGAGGGUCCUAAUCUCGUUGACGAACCAUUCGCCAAGAACAUGGAAGAAACAACAACAAUAGACGGUGAAGAUCUCGAUUUCGAUUAUAAAGAAACACACAAUCCCAAGAAUAAACGAGCUUCCUUGAUAUCUCAUCAGUUUUUAUCCAAUUUCUUAUCCGAUUUCACAGAUGAAGAGUUAGCAGCCAAGAGAACAGUAGAGACAAUCUACAAUGCCAGUGGAUCUUUUUCCUACACAUAUCGCAGCUUAGAUGAGGCAUUCUUUUCAAGGUCAUCAAAUUUAGAUUCUAUAAAGCCCUUUAUUAAGGCAAUGGUUUCAGUAGCUGAUGAAUCUACCCUUUUAAAAAUCAUCAAUUCCAAAAAGGCUCCAGCGCCCAGCGACCCAUCGCUACUUUUAAAUCUCGAGCUUCUAUUGCUCGGACAAUUUCGUUAUAUGAAUGAAAAGUUUGACUAUAGUCUAAUGGAAAAGGAAUGUAGCGAUUGGAAGGAUUUAGAAGUUAUACUAAAUGGUCUAUUUUCCAGUGGAGUUGCUCAAGAACUGCGCACAUGUUUUUCCAAUAUAUACAACAUUAGUGAAGUUUACGCGGAGGAUUUUAAAAAGUGCACAAAAGAUAUAAAAUCGCUAAUAACCACACUAAAGGAGUCCAUAGAGACGGACAAGAAAAAGAAAUUGAAACGAACGACUGCAUCGUUCACUUUGGGCAAUUGCCUUUCUUGCAUAGAAUUUAUUGCAAAAAUUGCUGAUUUCCUUCAAAAAAUUCAAUCGGUAAUAAUAAAACAUUUAAUGAACCUACCAGAAUCGGAAGGUUUAGUCUCAAUUGUCGGUCAUAUUCAGGAUGAUAUAAAAUCGAAUUUAAGGGAUACAUGGGGAUCUGAAAAAAUCGAGGAGGAACUUUAUGACAAAAUAAACUCCAUCAAUAUACUCAUUGGUGAAGAUUCGACCUUGUUUACAACCAAGGAACUCAUAAAUGAUGUUGAAUUCUGCAAGGGAAAAUUUUCUAGUAUUAUUGAAGCCUAUGAAGAGAAUCUGAAAAAGGAACGUGAACAAAGCGCUGAGUUUAUGAGAAAGGAAAAAGUUAGACGUGAUGCAAUAAACUAUAUUUUAGAUCGUCUAGAAGAAUUUAACUCUACAAAUACUCCAAUGUAUUACAAACAUCCGUUUUAUAUCGUUGGAAUAUCCCCUAAAACUUGUACUGCCGACUUGUUAAGACGCUCUGGACGCAAACUAAAGACUCUUUUACAUCCUGAUACAGUCCAUGAUCCAGAACUUAAACACAAGGCUGAAGUUGCGUUCAAGGAAGCGUCCUUGGCUUUGGAUCAGUGUAUAGAUUCAAUAACUAUUGGGAAUUCCAGUUUCUUCAGGGUUGGUCCCUCUCCUCCAUACUUAUCUCUCAUCGGAAUCGAUGAUUCCCCAUCCUCUAGCUCAUAUACUAGCAGCCCUGAAACUAUGGAAGCGUCUGUGACAAUCCCACCCACUCUAUUGAUAUUCCCAGAAUUCACUCUUGAAAACCGAAAUAACAAUUUGGGAACUGUUGAAAUCACAAUUUCUCCAACCUGCCUAAAUAAUGGAUCUGGAUGGCAAGCAUUAGGUAAAAACAGAUUUGCAAAUGUUUAUUUACUAAGACCAAGCCACAGCGAUAAGCCAGUGGCACUUAGAAUAUCGCCAGACAAAGUUUGUACCAUCAAAAAGGUUACCCUUCCUGAGGAAACAAGAUCAAAAAUUCCAAAUGUCAUCUUUGAUGCAGUUCAGCCAUUUAUUAUGGAUUCAGAAUGGAAAUAUUUUAUAGGCGUACAGGUAUAUAGCGAUAGAGAGGCUUCCCUGAUAACAUGGAAGAGCAUAGACAUUAAGAUUUCUAAAGGAGGAAGAUCCCUAGAUCAAAUGAAGAAACUACUAAGGACAUUUGAAAACGCCUCAUUUAUAAACCAAGAUUUGCUCAGCGGCAAACUCAAAACCCUGAGAACCAAAAGUGACGGAGAAGGAUUCAUCGCAGAAUGCAUCAAAUUUGCGCAGAGAUGGGCCGAUAAUAACUAA